AUGGCAGAACUGAUGAACUCUCUUCUCAAACGUUAUUGUGGCGGCAUCAGCUCUUUAUCCGUUCCCACUGUAUGGACGAAUGAUAAGUUGUUCUCAAAUUGCCGAUCAUUUUAUCACAUAACUAGACUUUUCUUUCACACUUCGCCGGUUUCCUCGUUGCCACCGCCGCCAGAUUCCAAUGCGGAAACUUCCCUAAUUCCGCUUAAACUUAACCCUAACUCUAAUUUCAUCCACAACGAUUUCACCGCCAUUUCUGACCUUGUUUCAAACUCUCUCGUUACGUCCGGCCGAGCUCUUGAACUGGCUUUGGAUGGAACCGGAAUAGGACCAACUCCAUCUUUAUUACAACAAGCUUUCGAUAAUUUCGGGACCAAGUAUUGCGAUCGGCUGCUGAAUCUCUUUCUGUGGGCAGAGAGAAAACCUGGAUAUUGCGACUCGGUCAGUGUCUUCAAUUCGAUGGUCAAUGUUCUCGUUAAUUCAAGACAGUUUGAGAUGGCUUGGUGUCUUAUAUUCUCUAGACUCAAAAGGAAGAUUGAAGGGCCAUAUAUGGAUGUUUAUGUCAUUCUUAUAAGACAGUAUGCUAGGACAGGUAGUCCAUUCUUUGCAAUUCGAACGUUUGAAUUUGCAUGUACCUCCAUGCUAACUCAUGAUGCAGUUUUGGAAGAUGAUUUAUUUGUGACACUUGUGGAGUCAUUGUGUAAGAAAGGAUAUGUUCAUGUUGCAUCACAGUAUUUUGAGCAAAGAAGAGAACUUGGUCUUAAUUGUGGUUUACCUGUUCGAAUUUAUAGUAUACUUUUGCAUGGAUGGUUCCUAUUAAAAGAUAUUGAAUGUGUUGAAAAACUAUGGGAGAAGAUGAAAAAGGAAAACCUGAAGCAUAGUGUGUUAGCCUAUGGUACCCUUGUAAAUGGAUAUUGCCACGUGGAUCAAGUUAACGUAGCACUGAAUUUUCUGGGUGAGAUGCAAAGGGAGGGACUAAAACCAAAUGCAAUUGCAUAUAAUGCAGUUAUCAAUGGAUUAGCAAAAGAAGGAAGACUUAAGGAGGCAUUAGGAAUGCUUGAUCGACUUUUGGUUUCUGAUUCAGGUCCCUCUAACUCCACUUAUGAUUCUCUAGUGAAGGGCUUUUGCAAGGUUGGGGAUGUUCCUGGGGCUAAUAAGAUAGUUAAGAUGAUGAUCAAUAGGGGUUUUGUGCCAACUAUUAUGACGUAUAACUACUUCUUUAGACACUUCUCAAGGUUAGGGAAAACUGAGGAGGCAAUGAGCUUGUAUAUCAAGCUGAUUGAGUUGGGAUAUAUUCCAGAUUCUGUCACUUGUGAUCUGCUGAUAAGGUUAUUAUGCGAACAAGAGAGACUUGACCUCGUUAUACAAGUUAGGAAAGAAAUGAGAGCUAGAGAAUGUGAGUUGGGGUUGUCUUCUUGGACCGCGUUGAUUCAUUUCCUAUGCAAAAUGCAUAGGUUUGAAGAUGCAAUACAGGAGUUUAAAGAGAUCAGAGAAAAAGGAAUCAUCCCUCUAUACCCUAUGUUUACAGAAAUGAUUGAUGAACUAAAAGCUGAAGGAAUGAAUAAAAUAGCAGAGAAACUAUGUGAUAUGAUGGAUUCAGUUCCUUAUUCCAUGAUGUCAGCAAGAAUGUAUGGCAGGUGCGGAAGUGAAGCAGCUAAGAGGAAAACAAGUAUACUGCAAAAGGCUAAACAUAUGUCUGAUAUUCUAAAAUCACACAAAGAAAGAGAAUUUGUUACCCGAGGAAGUCGGCAGAGGAUAUCAAAAGCUGGUUAA